UGUGUGUGUGUGUGUGUGUGUGUCCUGCAGGGGGCAGCACGUGGAUAAACCUCUGUAACCAGCGAAGAAGAGUCACAGAGCGGAAGUGGGUCUCCGGUGUCCUUGUGCUGAAGUGACGGAUCAAAGAUGAACAGACACGUUUAUGCUCUCCAGCAGGUGGCGCGGCGGAGCUUCUCCAGCUCGGCCCGCCGGCAGGUGGAGAACAAGGUGCCGCAGAAACAGAAGCUGUUCCAGGAGGAUAACGGCAUGCCGAUCCAUCUCAAAGGAGGCAGCGGCGACGCUGUUCUGUACAGAACGACGAUGGCGCUCACCGUCCUGGGUACCGGGUAUGCGUUGUACGAGCUGGUGAAGGCGUCGUUCCCUCAGCAGAAAUAACUCAGCAGCUCUUUGUUUCCAUUUAAAAACCAUCCAGCAGCUCUUUACUGUACAAAAACCUACAAAUUAUCCUCUGUGCACCGAGCUGCAGUCUCCUGUCAUUGUUCAUGUUCAUGGGAUCAAUAUUUAUUUGGUGUGCUCUUCUUCUGAUGACAUGAGGAUCAAUAAUAAAUCAAUAAAAUGACUCAUGACCAAAACC